AUCCAUUAAAUAUUCAACUUCUGUCUUGUGCUCUGCUCCAAGUUCUGGUGUCUUAAGCCCUUUUAACUAAUUUGGGAUACUUUUACCACUUUUUUCUUUUGAUUUAAGAACGAGGGCGUUCACAUUAUAUCUAUGUACAUAUGUAUUAUGUAUAAUCUUUAAUCAUGUCAUUUCCUGUACCGUUGUAUAUGACAGUAGCUUUUUUAACCAAAUAGAAACAAUUCUGGUCUUCGGAAUACUUUGCACCAUCAUAUUUGUUGAAACUACUAAAAGUAAUCAUAUUAUUAUAUCAUAUCAUAUACGUCAACACUUUGACUUUACACUUAGCUCAAUCAAACUAAUAUAUUUAACAUACAAAAAGGCCAUGUGCCAUUUGAACUUUCUCAAUUUGUAGUAAUUUAUGAAGGGGUGUAUUUAAAUAACUAUACAACUGCUCGAUUCACAUGUGACACCAAUGUUACUGCUUUUGUGUUUGAAAGCGCAUAAUAUAAAUUUCAUCAAGUAUGCAGAAGGAAUGUUCAAUAAAUGUAAGGGUCUAUUUAUUAAAAGACACAAUUAUAGUGCAAAUGGGAAACGAAAAGUUAACUGAUGUUAUCAGGUUUUUGUACACCAUCUACUAUAUUUCGAACAGCCUCUCUCUAAUUAUUGCACGGCAUUUGCUGUGUCAAAUCUAAUUAAGUUUUCAUUAGUUUGAUUAUUCGCUACGAGUGAUUACAGGAGGAAGGGUAAUCUGUGUUAAGGAGGCUUAAUUAACCAUUACAUACAUAUUUUUAGGAAAAAUCCUUAUUAUAACAUUUAAAUUUUUAUGUAAUAAAGCUAAUCUCUCUAUUUUGGUAAAAAAGGAAGGAAACCAAUAUCCGAAAAUUGUAUAACCUUGAAUUGGGCUGCAUUAAAAGCGGCUGGACAAAUUGUAUGCGAGAUUUGCUUAUUUGUUUGCAUUCGGUUAUCGCUGACAUACAAACAGACGGAACAGAAUUUAGAUAAGCACUAUCUGAAAUGGUACAUUUUCUUUUUUCUCCAUGUUCAUUAACGACCUAUCUGAGUAGUCAUGGUUUUAUGUAGGCAUAAACUUUAAUAAGUACAGUAUAUAUGUAUCAUUAUAUACAUAGUUGUGUGCAAAAUAUGUACAUUCAUGUUAUGUUGGAUGUAUAAUACGACAUUUAAGUGUUUGCGCAGAUUUCUGCUGCACUUGUUUUCGGUGAAUAUGGCAUUUUAAAACCAUAAUUUCCGUUGGUACGGAUUCAAGUCGAAAUCUAUGUUGCAAAGUGAAAUAUUUAUACAAAAAUUAAUUAGUCUUAGUAAUUGAGUCGCAUUAACAUAUUUUCUCUAUUAUUUUAGAAAUUUAUAUACAUAUGUACAUUUAGUUAUCAAGAAUAAAUUAUUACCCGUAAGUGCAGGCAAUGUGGUGGUAGUGAGUAUUAUAUGCAAAAAAUCCUAAACCUUUGUAUAAUAAAAGACAAAUUAGAGCGGUUUUCUCUAUAAUUCAAAUGCAUUCAUUAUUUUUAGUAUAAGCGAUAAAUGUUAUCUGAUCUGGUUUUCAUGUUUCGUAAUUUCUUUUGAUGAUCAUCGGUUCGUUAAUGUUUCAACUACCACCAACAUUACCUUUUGUACGUUUCGUAUUUUAAUUGGCAAGAUAUCAGUUAAUAUUUUAACACAUGAACUCAAAUAACGAGUGUGAGAACGAUUUUGAGAGACGCACCGAUCGCGAGUACUCACUCCCGCCCAAACAUUACCCGCUUACGACUGCAUUUGAUAAAUCCCUAACUGCAAACAUAGAGAAAAUGUCAGAAGAAGCUGACAAAUUUAUGGACUUGGAUGGAACUUGCCACAAUUUGGCGGAAGAGCUAUUACGUGAAAUGCCGGAUAUGAAAGAUGAGAUCGAGCAGGAAUUAAAAGAUGCAUUGUUAAAAAAUAAUGAUAGUAAAACAAAAAAUUUACAACAAAAAGAACUGAAUGAAAUAGCGCAUAAAGAUUCCGAUAAUGAUCUUGAAACAAACGAAUUUGAUAACAUAAACGGACAUGAGGGAUUAGUAGGUACGGGCCAGUUCGUGAAUAACUGCUUGCAUAAAGAAAGCAAGGAAAGUUGUGAAAUUGGAAAAACGGAUACUGAGAUAACAAACAUGGAAAAGGGUCAUCAGGAAAACAAUAACGGAAUAUGCUUAACCGACAGCAUGAAUGAAGAUAAUGACGGCAGCAUUGAUCAAACAUCUCAAAAAGAAUCUCCGUAUAACACAAAGGGGGAAUCCAAAAUUCGUAAACGUGAGAAUGAUUGUUCUGGAAUUGAUAGUGCAACCAUACAAGACAGCCCAAAUGCCAAACAACCAAAAUUGGAAGUUACCGGCGAAAGGAAAUCAAUAAUUGAAGUUCACAUCUCUAAUAAGGCGAUUGAUGAUAAAGAAGCGUCUGCAGAGUUGGAACGCAUACGUCAACUUAAGGAGCAAACAAUUAUUGAAUUGCACAGACUAAAGAGUCAAGAUGAUACAUUUCUUAGAAUUGAGAACAUUAACAAGCAGUUACAAAAAAAUAUAGAGCAAAAUGAAAAUAAUGAGAAGGGGAAUAACAAUGAAAAUAAGGAGGAAAACGAUUCGGUAAAUAAAGUCACUGACAUUACAGAGAAAAAUGAGAAUAAUAAUAGAAAAGAACUGAUAAUUGAUUACGCCGAUGAUAACGAACAAAAAGUUAUUCCGAAAGAGAAUCUUAAAUCUAAUAUAGAUGGUGCGCUUAUGGAAAACGCAGACACAGAUGGUAAGCUCGAAAUGAAGAAACCUUCAGAAGUAAAAGCCCCUGAAAAUGUAAAAAUUGAAGUUAAAACUUUAACAGAAGAAGCAGAACCAUUAUCAGCCCCUGCAGAAUCAGCAUCGACAUCCGCACCAAUGACGUCCAUAUCACUCAACGAUAAUAGUAAUCAUUCUAAAAUCGGCGAUAGUCACACUUCUCAAGAAGAACUUACAGCCGAAGAAGCAGAGCGUGAUCGAGAGUUACGUGCAUCGCGAGCAACAUUUCUUCAGCACUUACCUUGCUUCAAGCUCCAACGCAACUCGGAAAGUAUUAUUAAAAGCGAGUCAAACUCCAAUGAUAAUGUUACAACUGAAUAUGCUCUACCAAGAUGUCGCGAGUGUCGACGCCGCAGUUCACAGGGUGGUUCAGAUGUCUAUUGUCGAUUUUAUGAAUUCCGUCGUUUGCAGUAUAAUGAAUUGGGUGAAUUGGUUGUUGCUGGCUUCCCCAACCCCUAUACGGACCCGACUGCCGACGAUUUACGCAUCUGGCAGCCAGAUAAGCAUAGUGUGCCUACUGCAGGCUGGAUGGACAUCCAAGUUGCUCGGUAUAUAUUGCUACAUGCUGGUGACCAAUUUUGCUAUCUGUGGCAACAAGAGGCCGAAGCAUUGCGUUUACACGAAAAUCCGAAUAGCAUAAUCGCCUGGAAGAAGGUGGUGCAAGGUCUACGUGAGAUUUGCGAUGUGUGUGAUACCACACUUUUUAAUUUUCAUUGGACUUGCGACAAGUGUGGUUUUGGUGUGUGUCUUGACUGUUUCAAAGACCGCAAAGAGCAACGCAGUUGUCGUAAGAGACGCACGGGCGAUAAAACCCAACGUGGACACGAUGAAUUUCACUGGAUGCUAUGUACUGCAACAACGUCAACUCAUCAAAAACAUGAACUUCGAGAUCUGAUGCUGACACAGAUCAUUGCUAGCGAUGCGUUAAACGUUUUGGGCCGACUCUUGCACGAUAUACGUGCUAUGUGGCAAGUGCCACAGAUGUGUGGCUGUUUGUUAAGCAAACAGGACCUUCCGGCAGAUACGGAACUUGGUACUUUAAUACAGGACAUGAUCAAGGAAUCGCAAUUAAAGCAGCAGACGAGCGCUUCAUCGCUAGCUACUGAAGAAACAUUACGUAAACAGGCACGAAUGGAAGAAUUGCAUGCCAAAAAGUUGGAGUUUGCGCGAGCAAGAGGUAUAGACUAUGUGCCAGGACGAGUGUGGACAAAGCAAACUUUGGGAAAGGAUCCCAUAACCACCGCUUUUGAUAAUUUUAAACAUAUAAACUUUUUACGGAAGGGUUUAGCGGGAUUACGACGAUUUUUGCCGCCACGCGCAAUGACCUUAACCCACUCGACAAUGCUGGCGCCUGGCGUACCACAUGAAUGGUUAUGCGAUGGCAAACUAUUGAGACUUACUAAUGCCAUGCAUCCCGAUAACCGAAUACUUUAUCAGGAGGUAUGGAAAUGUGGUCAGCCCGUUAUGAUCUCGGAAGUAGCGCAAUCACUGAACUUGGAGUUAUGGCGACCAGAAGCCUUCUGUAAGGAUUUCGGUGACAAGCCCAAUGACUUGAUAAACUGCUUGAAUGGAAAUUUAGUACCUAACCAACCGAUGCGAUAUUUCUGGGAGGGAUUCCAAUGUAUAAAGAAACGAUUGCUAGAUGCAAAUGGCAAACCAAUGUUAUUAAAACUGAAAGACUGGCCGCCAGGCGAUGAUUUUGCCGAAAUAUUGCCAACCCGUUUUGCGGAUCUCAUGACCGGCCUACCCAUGCCGGAAUACACCUUGCGUACAGGCAAUUUGAAUAUUGCCAGCUGUUUGCCGAAGAUGUUUGUUCCACCCGACUUGGGACCGAAGAUGUACAAUGCUUACGGUUCGGCAUUGCACCCUGACAAGGGCACUACUAAUUUGCACUUGGACAUUUCCGACGCUGUAAACAUUAUGGUAUAUGUGGGCGUACCACAAGAUGCCGAUAGUAAACCACAAUUGGUAGCUACUCAAAAAGCUAUAGCUUUGGGUGGCUGCGAUUAUUUGACACGGGCACGAUGCCAAAUACCUGGCGUCCUGCCAGGUGCAUUGUGGCAUAUUUUCCCUGCACGAGAUGCUGAUAAAAUCCGCGAUCUCCUAAAUCGAGUGACGAUAGAGAAAGGGUUUCGCUUGGAACCCGACCACGAUCCCAUUCAUGAUCAGAAUUGGUAUUUAGACGAUAAAUUGCGUGCACGUCUCUUCAAGGAAUAUGGUGUAGAAGGAUAUCCCAUUGUACAGUGCCUUGGCGAUGCAGUGUUCAUUCCGGCUGGGGCACCACAUCAAGUACAAAAUCUCCAUAAUUGUAUCAAAGUGGCGGAAGACUUUGUAUCACCAGAAAACAUAACGCAUUGUUAUCAUUUAACCCAUGAAUUUCGUCAUUUAUCGCACUCGCACACCAAUCACGAGGACAAAUUGCAGAUUAAAAACAUAAUUUAUCACGCGAUCAAAGAUUGCUGUCACAUAUUAGUACGCGCUUUGGAUCAACGUCUUGACGAGGAGCUGGCCAAGGUGGAGGAGCAGUAUGAGAAAACAGAAAUGAGUCUCCGUGAAGCAAAAGAAAUCGCAGCCAAACUUCCCAGUGGCAAACAAGAUUAGAAUUUUUUAUUUUAUAAAAAUAUAAAUUUCAAACAUAUUUUUACUUUAAAAUCCAUAUAUUUAAUCACAAGACAUACUUAAAUGUGUAUUACAAUAAAAGAUAAGGCUAUACUGUGUGUCUCCGUACUCAAAUAAAUAUAAUUCAAAAUUA